GUAUGGCUACCCACCAUCUGAGAGCAACUUUAUCAAACCAGGUAAAAGGCCGAUGAGUAGUAUGAGCCCUACCGUAAUCUUCGACAAUAAAACUAAGCAAACUAUAGUUCGACACUUGCUCUUCGGUGAGACGAUCAAGCAAGCCAUUGACGCUCCUAUGCUACAUAAUCAGUACAUUCCCAUCAUCAAUAUGAUUGACGAGUUCUUUCCGAAGUUAAAAAUUCUGCAACUGUGGCAAGCUUUCUUGCAGGAUCUGCAAAAUAUCCUAGAACAGAAACACGGACAGAACUUUACCGGCAACACCGUAUUCAAAGGAGUGACUCAUGGUGUCACAGUUGAUCGACGUGAAGUCAGAGCAUGUGGCGAUUUCAGACGCACUACGCCACAGGCUCCCGCGGGCUAUUAAAG